GUCUUCUUUCCCAAGCUCACACCAUUCACCCUCUAUCCUUUCCCUUCUAGUACUACACCUAAAUCUCCCCAAUAAUUCCUAACAAAAAAUAGUACAAAAAGCUAAGAAAGAAGACAAAAUGAGGAGUAUACCCACCACAAUGCUAAACACACACCCCAACAACACCAACACAACUAUUAAUCACUCAUUAUGGCAAACUCCAAUCCCAUAUCUCUUUGGAGGACUAGCUACCGUUAUGGGUCUCAUAGUUUUGGCCUUGUUGGCACUAGCUUGCUCUUAUUGUAAACUCUCAAGGAACAACCAAGAUGGGGACCACAAUGACAACAAAGAGAGUGACCCUCAAACUAAGGAACCCAUCAAGGCCUACGAAGAGAAAAUCCUUGUCAUUAUGGCUGGGAAUGAAAAACCAACAUUCUUGGCUACACCUGUGGUUUUGUCUAUCAUUGACAAAGAAAUUGACAACCUUGUACUUGUUCCAACUACUUCCACUCCACAAGAAAAUGAAGGUUAUUGCUCUUCACAACAUAGGCAGUGAUUUUUUUUUUCACUAGUUAGUUGGUAAAGUCAUGUAUAGUAGUGGUAGAUGUUAGUAUCUUCUACGGCUGCAUUGGACGGCAGCCGUAGAGGAUAUCCAAGUCGAAUAGUAUAUAAUUAGUUACUCUACAAAUGUUAGCAAAAUCUCAGUUGUUGAAUUAAUCUAAUUUCUAAGAGAUCAAUGUUUUUUUUUUUGGUACAAUCUAAGAGAUCAAUUGAAAUUAGAAUUUAAUUGUUGAG